AUGGAAACCACUUUGGCAGUGAUGGAUUCUUCUGAUAUUCAAAGGAAAAAUAUAGCUGUCAUUGGUGGUGGCUUGGUUGGAUCAUUAAAUGCAUGCUUCCUUGCCAAGAAGAAUUUCCAAGUUAAUGUAUAUGAAGCUAGAGAAGAUAUCCGAGUGAGUAAAUUUGCACGCGGAAGAAGCAUUAAUUUGGCCCUUUCUUAUAGAGGACGACAAGCCUUGAAAUCCAUUGGCCUGGAAGAUCAGAUUGUAUCCCAAGGUAUCCCCAUGAGAGCAAGAAUGAUUCACUCUCUUUCAGGAAAAAAGUCUGCAAUUCCCUAUGGGACAAAGUCACAGUAUAUUCUUUCUAUAAGCAGAGAAAAUCUAAACAAGGAUCUAUUGACUGCUGUUGAGAAAUAUCCCAAUGCAAGGGUGCACUUUGGCCACAGGCUGUUGAAAUGUAAUCCUGAGGAAGGAAUGAUCACAGUGCUUGGACAUGAGAAAGUUCCCAAAGAUAUCACCUGUGACCUUAUUGUAGGAUGUGAUGGAGCCUAUUCCACUGUCAGAACUCACCUCAUGAAGAAACCCCGCUUUGAUUACAGUCAACAAUACAUUCCUCAUGGGUUCAUGGAAUUGACUAUUCCACCUAAGAAUGGGGAUUUUGCCAUGGAACCUAAUUAUCUACAUAUUUGGCCUAGAGAUACCUUUAUGAUGAUUGCACUUCCUAACAUGAACAAAUCUUUCACGUGUACUUUGUUCAUGCCCUUUGAAGAGUUUGAAAAACUGCUAACUAGUAGUGAUGUGCUGAAUUUCUUCCAGAAGUACUUUCCGGAUUCUAUCCCUCUAAUUGGAAAGCGAACCCUGGCACAAGAUUUCUUUCUGUUGCCCGCCCAGCCCAUGAUAUCCGUUAAGUGCUCUUCUUUUCACUUUAAAUCACACUGUGUGUUGAUGGGAGAUGCAGCUCAUGCCAUAGUGCCGUUUUUUGGGCAGGGAAUGAAUGCGGGAUUUGAAGACUGCUUGGUAUUUGAUGAAUUAAUGGAUAAAUUCAAUAAUGACCUUAGUAUGUGCCUUCCUGAAUUCUCAAGAUUAAGAAUUCCAGAUGACCAUGCAAUUUCAGACCUAUCCAUGUACAAUUACAUAGAGAUGCGAGCACACGUCAACUCAAGGUGGUUCCUCUUCCAAAAGAACAUAGAGAGAUUUCUUCAUGCUAUUAUGCCAUCUACCUUUAUCCCUCUUUACACCAUGGUCACCUUUUCCAGAAUAAGAUACCAUGAGGCAGUGCUACGUUGGCAUUGGCAAAAAAAGGUGAUAAACAAAGGACUCUUUUUCUUUGGAACACUGAUAGCUGUCAGUGGUACUUAUCUACUUAUGCGCUCCAAGUCACUGAGACCCCUGGACUACUUGAGAAGACAAUGGGACUGGGUCACUUACUUCCAGAAUACAGCAUGUCUCCCUGUAAACUCCCUGGAGUCACUAGAACAAAUUCCCAAUGUCAUUAGCAAGUGA